AUGACUGUCAUGGCGUCAACACACAUUACUAUUAAUAAAAUAACCAAUAGACAAUUCAAUUCAAACAAUUGUCCAUUGAACACUUCCCUGAUUGGUAUUGCUCAAAAUACUCCUGAAGAGCUUAAAAACAAUGAAGAUGCAAUCAUUGAAAUUUUAGUCAAUGACUAUACAACUCAAGAACACAAUUUUGUAAUCAAGAUUACUUAUCUGUAUCUUAUCUCUCGAUUUAAAUAUUUUAAAAACUCUAUUGGGCCUAAUGAAUCUAUGCUUUUCGUCAUCGGCCAGUUAGAAAUUAUUCAAAACGAAUUUUAUGUAUACGCAAAAGACAUGUCAUAUAUUGAUGUUCAGGCACUUACUAAAAAAAGAACCCUAUCCUCUAACAAUCCCCAAAUUUCAACAUUAUCAUCUAAUUCAACACGAUCUAAACUUUUAGCCGCACACAGAAAUAUCUCUAAAGAAUCAGAAAAAAAUCUUGAAGAUUUAACCAAAACAAACACAUCAAGUUCAAGCACAAUGAACUCUAACCAAUUUGAAGAAAAUCUUGAAGAAUUAACUACUAUGAACACAUCAAAUUCAAGUACAGUGAAAUCUGAUCAAUCUGAUUCCGAAUCAUCAAAUUUUCAGAAAUCAAAGCGUGCGAAAACUGAAAAAAAUAACGAAAAU